CUCAAACGACUCAUUCAGACUUGUAAAGUUAUGAUACUAUAUAUGCUUCGACUUCCUCUUAUCUGCUUCGCUUGUCGUCGCUUUGUAGCUGACUGUCAUCAUCCGCGGACUUGUAUUAUGUGUACUGGUGACUCACUAAACACCAAAUAUCCGAGUGACUCACAUUUACUAUCGGAUAUAAAUGAAACACUUUUGCUACAUCCAUAGGAACAUCUUUCCUCUUACAAUGGCCGAACAUACCACUCAAUCACCGGAGUUCAGUUCUCACUCUGAUCCUCCCAGUGAUCUCAAAACGCGCCUGAAAGACUCCUACGACGCAAUCGCCUCACAGUAUAACGAAUGGACAAUCCCGCACUCGACCACUCGGCUCCACUUCCUAGACCAACUGCUCAACCGCCUGCCCAUCACCACCACCUCGGUGCUCGAGCUCGGCUGCGGCCACGGCGUCCCGGUCACGCAGAAACUGCUCUCCCACCCUAACUUCACCGUCACGGCCAACGACUUGUCCAGCGCCCAGAUCGCGCUUGCCCGCAAUACCUUACUGCCAAACCACCGCCUUACCCUCCUCGAAGGCGACAUGCUCGCCCUGAACUUUCCGCUCGCGACCUUUGACGCUAUCGUCGCUAUGUACUCUAUCAUCCACCUCCCGCGCGGCGAGCAAGUCGAGAUGCUGCGCAAGAUAGUAGCGUGGCUGAAGCCCGGCGGGUGGUUGCUGGCGAACUUCGGGGCGGAAGAGGUGGUGGGCGCGGAGGCGCGGGAAUGGUUGGGAGAGGAGAAAGGGUGGAUGUUUUGGAGUGGAUGGGGGGAAGAGGGAACGUUGAAUAAGAUUAAAGAGGCAGGGCUGGAGGUCUUUGUGCGGGAGACCAGAGAUGAUGAGGUGGAUGAUGCGCGAUUCUUGUGGGUUUUGGCUCAGAAAAGUGAUGAGUAGACGUGAUAAGAAUGAAAAGGUAAUAGGUGAUGAUAGGGGCUCUGAAAUGAAGAUGCAACUCAUGAGCCUGUGUCUUGACUCAUCAUGUGCUUGAUUUUGACCAACAGACUGGAAAACUAGGCUACUUUUGUA